AUGGGCCAAGAGCCCGAAGUAGUGGAGGCACACGAAGAAGAAAGGCCGACAGAUAGCCAUUACCUGGCGGAUAUGGCCACCAAGCAGAAGCCUCUAGAGGAAAAAGGGCAUGCCGAGCUUAAUCAUGGAGAUGUGGAGGUCAAGAACUUGGGAUGGAACAACCCCCCAAGCAUGGUCUCUCAGCCCAUGGUCGGAGGAUUGACGAAUGAGGAGCUUUGGAUCCUGGUUCGUCGAUUUGAUAAACAAAUAUUUCAUGUCAAGUCAAUAGCUGAACCACCACUCGCCAAUCUGGAUAUGAACAUAGCAGAUGAAGAGGAGUUUUCACCAGAUAAACUCCGCGCUCAUGUUGAACGCUUGUACAUGACUGUAAUAGUUGGGCUCUUCUCCUUCUGGAAACAAAUCGUCCGCCUUCGUUCAUGGCGUGAGUCGAGACGCACAUCGACCUUUCUUGCCGUCUACUCCGUCGCCUGGGCAUUCGACUUCGUAGUCCCCGUCCUUAUUAGCUUUCUAAUGGUUCUUGUUCUCGCACCCGAAGCACGAGACUUUUGUUUUCCUCCCGCCCCACCCUCUCUCAUCGAUAGUAAAACAGGCGGCGUCAAGAAGCCGGCAUCAGGCGUCCUUGCGUCGGACGACUCUAUCACAGGUGCCCCCGAGAAGCAUGCCGGAGAGGCGGUGGAACAAGAAGCUCACAGCUUCGUCAACAGUAUUUCCUCGCUGAUCAUUAGCACGGCGGCGGGGAAACAUCCUCAAGGCGAUCCCCACGAUGAUAACGCUUCCCCCGACCCUACUAACGUUGCCCAAGAUAUCGUCGAUGCUAAAGACAAGACGGGCGGUAACGAGCCCAGCGGUCAUCACGACAAGACCAAGAAACCUGUUCACGAAUCAGUCUGGGUAAAAGCCAGGCCUGUUAUGCACGGAAUUGCGGACCUUGUGGACACUUGGGAACGCUUCGGCAACGCGCUUAGCCCAACACCGCCAUUCCCACAACAGCGGCCUCGAUUUAUCCUCGCUAGCAUUUUGUUGCCGAUUCUCCUUGGAUCUUUCUUCAUGACAUCGUAUAUGCUGGUUAAGGGUACCGGGUUCAUCGUUGGAUUCACCUUCUUUGGAGACCCGAUCAUCCAAAGAGGCAUGGUGUUUAUCAACCGCACCUACCCUCGUUGGCAGAAGUAUGUUGAAUUGCGAAACAAUAUUCUCAAGGGCAUUCCAACCAAUGCUCAGCUUACGAUUACGCUUCUACGUAUUGGCGAGAGAAACAAGGCGCCGAUUCCGCCUCCUCCUACGUCCUCCGAGCCACCUCCAGAUUUGCCUCACGCGACUGCAGGUCAAGGUCUAGAGCAUCUCGGCGUCGAUCAAGACGAAAUAGACCUCGCCGUUCAACCCGAUCAGAGUGCUCUUGCCCCCGCUGAGUCUCAGACCGAAGAGCACAAACAGAAGAAGGGUCAUAGGAUCAUGAACUUCAUCAAGAGCACUGCAAAGGGCGGUGUCAACACCUCUUUGGCUGCAGACAAACUGAAAGCCAAGGUAGGCGCCAAACACGCCAAAGACAGGCUUGGCGUGGUCAAAACAGAGCCUGAUCCUGAAAAAGGACCGAUAUCCUUCCCUGCACGGUGGAAGGGUAAGAAAGGUUGUGCUUACAUUACAACAACGGCGACUACACCUGCUCUGAGCUGGACAACCGACUCUGAUAACCUGAAUCCGACAUGGACUAUUACCAUCGGGGAUAUUGAUCAAAUCCGUAAGAUGGGCGGACUCGGAUGGAAGUCCAAAAUAUUCGUGGGUUGGGCCACAAAUCGUGAGAUCGCAGAUGGGCUCAUUGUGACAGAUGGCACAGGCAAGGAGUAUCAUCUCACUGCAAUCAUUUCUAGAGAUGAGCUUUUCAACCGCCUGGUUGCUAUGGGAUCGCAAAUGUGGGAAGCCUGGUAA